AUCUCGGCGCACUGGGUACACAUUCAACCGCUCAGGUAUCGUUGGUACCAGCAGCCUGGUCCAUCGACGCAUUUUUGCGUGGCCCAAUUGGGAUAUUGUACGGGUCGCUUCAUCAGCUCAGUAGCAUCCUUCAUCCUGUCCUGCUUCCCUCAAGCAACCUCACCCCUUACCGGCUUUUCGUCCCUUUAUCUUUGUAGAUGAUACCUGGUAAACGAAAAACUGCAAUAAUGUACCUCUCGGUGGCGAUAGUUGGACUAAUGCUGCAUUCGGUUGCUUCACAGAACGACCCAUCAAUCAGCGGAUCCGAUGCCGUCACACUACCCAUGGACUCUCACAGCCCCCCCUUUACCCUUCAGUGCAACCUGACCAGCUCCCAGUACCCCCACCAGCAGAGCUACUGGAUGAAAAACGGAGAGGAGAUUGCGGAGACCCGCAGCGACCUAAAAGACACUGAAUACAGGCUGAACAAACCAAGAGGAGAUGACGCAGCAGAGUACAUGUGUGUUUUCACCUUCGCCAUGGGUCCCCCCGCCAAUUUAUCCAUUGAGGUUCGAGCUGCCCCUGACAUCAUAGGCCACAAACGAAGUGAGAACAAAAAUGAAGGCCAGCGGGCCGUCCUCCACUGUAAGGCUGUGGGUUACCCCUACCCCAUCUGGUCCUGGCGCAAACUGGACAACGGUGUCUACAUGGAUAUUGAUAACUCCUCUGGACGUUUCUUCAUCAACAACAAAGACAACUAUACCGAGCUGAGCAUUGCCAACCUGGAUAUUGGGAAGGACCCGGGAGACUACCAGUGCAACGCCACAAACAUGAUCGGCACCUCCUCCAUGAUCUCUGUGCUCCGAGUUCGCAGCUACCUGGCACCUCUCUGGCCACUGCUGGGAGUUUUGGCAGAGGUCCUCCUUCUGGUGAUCAUCAUUGUGGUGUACGAGAAACGCAAGAAGCCUGACGAUAUGCAAGACGAUGAUGAACCAGCUGGACCAAUGAAAACUAAUUCCACCAACAACCACAAAGACAAAAACCUGCGCCAGAGGAAUACAAACUGAACAGAUUGUCAACUAAAUAGAAACAUAUUCUCGAUGUAUUGACCAUAUGAAGGUAAACAAGGCGGGGAUUCAUAGCAAUUGUUCAUAAACAUGUAUCUGCCAUUAAGUAUGGAUGAAGAGGAGCCAACUGGCUAUAAUG